AUGGACACUUUCAUGAAACUAAACCGCUUUAUACUUUCAGUCUUUAUUUUGUGGACUACAGGUAACUAUCAACACAGCUCAACUUCUUCAGUCAUGUUCUUGCUUUUAUUCUAACUCUUAAACUGUUUUACAAUCAUACAGGUCGAACUAAUGCAAGCGAUGUUGACCAGACCGCCAGUCUGUGGAGAGUCAGUGGGGAUAACGCAACAAUUCACUGCAACCACUCAAAGGGUUCAGCCUACUACCAGAUGUACUGGUACAGACAGCUGCCUGGACAAACCAUGAAACCAAUACUGAAUAUCUUCUCUAAAGACGGCGCUCAGUGUGAACCAAACAUCAGCAAGGAAAAGUUUGGGGCGACCAAACCCGACGCUCACAAAGGAACGCUGACUGUGAGGAGUCUGCAGGCUGAAGAUGGAGGCACGUAUUUCUGCGCUGUCAGCGGAGCACAGCGAUGCAGACUCAGGAGAGAGCUGAACAAAAACCUCAGAGCGCACCGCUGA